AUGAAUUUGCUGUCUCAUCUCAAGAGACUCGGAUUUCUAUACCACCACGCUGCCAACACCUUCCUCCUACGAAUUGUUACCACGAUGACACUCCCAGCUGGCGUCCUCAACAAAGUUGCGCCAUGGCUAGCUGCUUCACUUGAGACUCUGCCCCAACUCACUGCCACCUAUCCCAUCCAUCUACUCCUUGCCGUCUUUCUACUGAUUAUCACGGCUACCAUCUACCUUGCACUCCGUCGUAGAACUGUAUACCUUGUUGACUAUGCUUGCUUCCGGCCAAGCUCCAAUUUAAGAGUCACAAAGGCAACCUUCCUCGAGCAUGCACGUCUCUCGCCUUUGUUUGAUGAUUCUACCGUCAACUUCAUUGCUACUAUUCUUGAGCGCUCAAGCAUGAGUGAUCAGACAUGUGCCCCGCCUGCCAUUCACUAUAUAGAGCCAUAUUGCGGGCUUGAUGAAGCACGUGCCGAAGCAGAGUUGGUGGUCUUCUCGGUGAUCGAUGACCUUUUUGCCAAGACGUGCAUCAACCGCGACAUGAUUGGUGCUCUUAUCACCAACUGCAGUACAUUUAGCCCAGUACCAUCCAUCGCCGACAUGAUUGUGAACAGAUACAAGUUGCGAGGUGAUCUGUGUGUCAUCAACCUCUCUGGGAUGGGGUGUUCAGCAUCAGUGACCGCAGUGGGGCUCGCAAGCAACAUGCUGCAAGUGAUGCCUUGGGGGUCACACGUGUUGGUGGUGUCGACGGAGACCAUUGGGCCAUUCUACUAUGCGGGGAAUAAGCGUUCUAUGCAGUUGGUUAACGUCUUGUUCCGCAUAGGUGGUGCUGCCAAGCUGUUGUCGACUUCUAGAUCCAAUGCUCGGUUUCAGCUUGGGCAUUUCACACGAACAGUCACUUCGGCAAACAACGCUGCUUACCGGUGUGUUUAUCAAGAGGAAGAUGACAAGGGCAACCUAGGGAUUGCUCUCUCUAAAGACAUUAUGGAUGUCGCUGGGAACGCACUCAAGGAUAAUAUCAUGACAACCGGGCCUCUUGUCCUACCCGCAUCAGAGCUUCUCAAGUUUUUGUUCUUCUAUGUGGCGAAAAAGGUGCUCCGUAGGUGGAAGAUUAGACCAUACAUCCCCAACUUUUGUGUUGCAUUUGAGCAUUUUUGCAUCCAUGUUGGCGGACCGGCGGUUAUCACCUCGGUACAACUUGGUCUUAAUCUAUCAGACAAGCAUGUUGAGCCAUCAAAGAUGACGCUGCAUCGAUUUGGAAACCAGUCGACUUCAUCGGUGUGGUAUGAGUUAUCAUACAUCGAGGCCAAAGGCCGGAUGAAGAAAGGCAAUAGGGUGUGGAUGAUCGGAUUCGGUGCAGGGUACGAGUGCAACACCGUUGGUUGGGUGUGUAAACAACCAUCUUCACGUAUGGAUGGAGCCUGGGCUAGCUGCAUCCAUCGUUACCCGGUGGAUGUCUCCAAGAGUGGCUAA